AUGCCGUUUGGCUGCAUCGGUCUGCGAGAUGAAAAGAACUAUAACAGCCUGUCUGACAUCACCGAGAAGUAUGAGAUCGGGCAGCUGCUGCGGGCGAAGGAGUUCUGUGAGAUCUGCGUGGCCCGCGAACGCCAGACAGAUAGACUGUACAUCUGCAAGAAGUUCUUUAAGAAGGAUGGGCGCAAGGUGCGACGGGCGGCUAAGAAUGAAAUCCUCAUCCUGAAGAUGGUGAGUCACCCCAAUAUCUUACAGCUGAUUGACACGUUUGAGACGCGGAAAGAAUUCUACAUCAUCCAAGAACUUGCUACUGGCGGCGACGUCUUUGACUGGAUCCUAGACCAGGGCUACUACACGGAAAAGGACGCUAGCAACGUCAUCCGGCAGGUGCUGGAAGCAUUGGCCUACUUGCACAACCUCCACAUCGUCCACCGCAACCUUAAGUUGGAGAACCUCAUGUACUACAACCAGAACAACCGUUCCAAGGUGGUGUUGCGGGAUUUUUAUCUCUCACGCUUUGAGAAUGGGGCCAUCACAGAGCCAUGUGGGACUCCCGAAUACUUGGCGCCUGAGGUGGUUGCCCGGCAACGUUAUGGACGUCCUGUGGACUGCUGGGCUGUGGGGGUUAUUAUGUUCAUUCUCCUAUCCGGGAACCCCCCCUUCUACGACGACACAGACGACGAGAACAGCGACAGCCACAACCGGCGCAUAUUCCGCAAGAUUCUGGCUGGGGAAUAUGACUUCGACUCCCCCUAUUGGGACGACAUCUCUACCGCUGCCAAAAAGCUGGUAUCACGGCUCAUGGAAGUUGACCAGGACCAGCGAAUCACAGCCCAGGAGGCACUGGGGCACAUUUGGAUAUCGGGCAACAUCGCCUCCGAAAAGAACCUCAAGGAAGGGGUCUGCGCACAGAUCGAAAAGAACUUUGCCAAGGCCAAGUGGAGGAAAGCCAUCCGUGUUACGACUUUCAUGCAACGCCUCCGGGCUUCGGACGUCGGUGGCCGCCUCCCCGUCACCCCCCGGUCCUCCAUGAGCGUUGCCCAUGAGGUCACCAUCGAGGCACCCAGACUGGGCGAACAUCUGGAGGCUCCGUGCCCGCUGGAGGAGCAAAACAACAAGACAGAGGGCGCUACAGAGAAGAGGGAAUAAUGGCUACCGCCUUCCCCACCCCACACCCCGGGAGACUUCUUGGCUGAAUCCACCCACACGUGUACCCUUCUCUUCUCCCCUUGGAGGGGGAGGGGGCUCUGCGGGACAGC